AUGGCUCCUUCUAGGAGCGAGAUCAGGCGAACGCCACAAGCCUGUCGCACAUGUCGUCGUCGAAAGACAAAGUGUAACGGCGUCCACCCACGGUGCAAUUACUGCUCAGCAAAAGAUAUCAUGUGUGAAUGGCCACCAAAUGUUAUCAACGCAUUUGCUGGAGGUGAUACAUCCACUAUACCGUCUUGGCACCUCUCCCUGGACGACCCUUCUCUGAGGACCGCCACCAACACGUUACCGCUAAGCAGUGAAGGGCUCAAACUCUGCAUGGCUCUCUUUUUCGAGAAACACUCCGCCAUUGACUUUUGCUCCUUCUUCCGACAGUCACAAUUUGACGGAACCAAGCCCCAGAACCACUUUCUGGUAACAGCGAUCAUUUCACUCGUUAUUCGAUACCUUACGGAGGACGAAGUAAAUAGCUUCUUCGGCUUUUCUUCUCAGGUUGAAGCCUAUCGACACUUCACGAAGAGGGCCCAAUGCCUAGCACGCGAGAGUUCAGAUCAUCCCAGUGUUCCAAAUAUCCAGGGAAACCUUGUCCUCUGCUUAUCAGCACUGCUCUCGGACUUGGGGUUGAGCCACUGGAUGUAUGCUGGGACGGCUAUACGAAUGGCCCAGGCAAUGCGACUCAACAAGGAGUACCAUGACAAGCACUCGGAGCACGAGCGGGAGAUCCGGCGACGAACCUUUUGGGCAUGUCUUCAAUUCGACCGACUGUUGGCUUUUUUCCUGACCAAGCCGCAUACUUUGUCGUUGAAGAAUGUGGCAAUCGCGCUCCCUAGUACCGAUGUCUCUUUCGCCUACGGAGAUCCUACUCGAGGGGUAACUUUGCUCACACUCGCAGAGUAUACAGGGAGUGCCUCAGAUCUUGGUCUCGUUCCAUACUUGCUAAAGUGCCUUUCUCUCUGGAGCGACAUGGCAGACUUCCACGUCUCCCACGGGAGAAGGUCCGAACCACUUCCGCCUACCGAUACGUUUAGCCGGUUUUCUCUGCUUUCGGCAUCAGUGAAGGAUUGGGCAGCUGCCCUUCCCACGAGACUGCAUUGGUCCGAAGAGAAUUACAAAGUUCAUUCGGCCUUGGGUCAAGGUCCCACUUUUAUCGCACUACACUGUCUCCUCUUGAGCGCCUGGUGCGUGGCCCAUCAAGAAUACCUACCCCAGACAGACGGGUCCUCGAUCCUCCUUGAUUAUUCGGACGCUGCAGGUUGGUCGUUCCUCCAUCGUGAGCCGAGUUUGGUCUCCACCUGCGUGUCAAACGCCCUUGCCAUUGGGGAGCUUAUCACGGAGACAUUCUCCAGGCAAUCUCGUCCUGAGCCUCCAGUUAGCGCCGGCGGAAUAUUUGUCGCUCUCGCCAUGUUCUCCGCGGCAAGUCCGCUCUUGUGGCUGCAGUACACUGCAGAUCCCCAAGAGUUUGAGCUAGACAAAGGACGUGCAAUGGAGUAUUUUGAAACCUUUCGACAGUUGCUCGUUGGCUGGCGGCAUCAUUCCUGGAAGAUCGCUGGAGUGUGGUUGAAAGGACUCGAUGAGAUGCGGGCUCUCUACGAGUAUGCCUACCGUGGUGACCCUAGUAUACUGCCCAGCACUUUGGACAACAUGGACACGGAAGAAGGCACGGAAAACCCAGGUGGCGAAGAGCCCUGGAGUUCGUAUAGACCACAGCUGGGAGACGGACUACCGCAGUUAGAUUGGCCCACUAAUCUCUAUUCAUUCCUCUGUUUCAACAGCGUCAGUAUGGGGAGCCUUCCAUCUGAGAAGCAGAGAUAUAUCUGGGCUGUUUUGACGCGUGGCUGGCCAUACAGCACUGAAGAUAGUGCAUUUUUGGACUUCAGUGGUUCCAUGGCCUUGGAUGGCUGA